GAGGGAGGGGGGGCCAAGUUUCACUCUCUGCAUUGCAGCCUGAGCUGCUGCCGGACUCCAACACAACAAUGGCGACUCCCAGUCCCGACAGCAACUCCACGGGCUCCGGCAACAGCGGCCGCGUGGUGGGAUCCACGUCGCACCAGCUCCACCAGAACACGCAGGGCGGCGGCAUGCAAGAUUUGGCCCACAUCCCACGUCCAGCCCACACACCUCAUGGAUUGAUGGCACUUGGGCGGUCUGCUCCUGUUUGCCAGAUCUGGGCCACAAAACCCAACACCUGCUGGAGAUGUCAGAAUGAAACAGGGUUUCAGAUAAGCCUGUCUGGAGUUUCCCAAAGUAAACGUAAAGCGCUGAAGCUGAACUUCGCCAACCCGCCAGUGAAACCAGCCUCCAGGCUCCCGCUCCAACCAACGCCCCCGUCUUUCCAAAACCCUCACAUAGAGCGCAUGCGGACACACAGCAUCGAAUCGUCGGGGAAGCUGAAGAUCUCCCCCGGGCAGCAUUGUGACUUCACAGCGGAGGAUCUGCGAGACCUCGGGGAGAUCGGUCGUGGAGCGUAUGGCUCCGUCAACAACAUGGUCCACAAACCCACAGGCCAGAUCAUGGCUGUCAAGAGGAUUCGCUCCACUGUGGAUGAGAAGGAGCAGAAGCAGCUGCUGAUGGAUCUGGACGUGGUGAUGAGGAGCAGUGACUGUCCCUACAUCGUUCAGUUCUACGGAGCUCUAUUCAGAGAGGGGGACUGUUGGAUUUGUAUGGAACUCAUGGCUACCUCACUAGACAAAUUCUACAAAUAUGUAUAUUGUAAUUUAGAUGACAUCAUUCCAGAGGAAAUAUUAGGCAAAAUAACAUUAGCGACCGUUAAAGCACUGAACCACUUAAAAGAAAACUUGAAAAUAAUUCACAGAGACAUCAAACCUUCCAACAUUCUUAUGGACCGAAGGGGUAACAUCAAGCUGUGUGACUUUGGCAUCAGUGGUCAGCUGGUCGACUCCAUAGCCAAGACCAGAGAUGCAGGCUGCAGGCCGUACAUGGCGCCUGAGAGGAUAGAUCCCAGUGCUUCCAGACAAGGCUACGAUGUCCGGUCUGAUGUGUGGAGCUUGGGAAUCACCCUGUACGAGUUGGCCACUGGAAGGUUUCCCUAUCCCAAGUGGAAUAGUGUUUUUGACCAGCUGACACAAGUGGUGAAAGGAGAACCUCCUCAACUCAGCAACUCUGAUGAGAGAAUGUUCUCCCCCAAGUUCGCCAACUUCGUUAACCUAUGCCUUACAAAGGAUGAAUCAAAAAGGCCAAAGUACAAGGAGCUUCUGAAACACACCUUCAUUCUGAUGUACGAGGAGCGUUUCGUGGACGUCGCCGGUUACGUGUGUCGCAUCCUGGAUCAGAUCCCCACCUCUCCCAUCUCUCCUAUGUACGUGGACUGACUGUGUUAGGAUGGGGCGGGGCGGGGCACUAAGCUUUGUGAUGGGACUCUUGUCCUCUUUGCCCUCCGAGUUCCGUAGGAGUUCUGGCUGUUUUAUGCACACGUUCCAAAGAGCAACAGGAACUUAGUCCAAAUUGCCCGGUGCAAUAAGAUGAAUAUUGUUAUGCGAACACUUCCACCUCCCAUCACCCCGUUUAGUAUCAGUGAAAGCUGAAGCUUCAUCAAACAUGUUCAGCCAGAAAAAAAAUGAAGACGUAACAUUGUCUCAGUAAAAUGCAGCCAAUAUUUACGGGAUGAAAAAGGAGUAGAGUAUACAUAAAUGGUGUGUGUGUAUAUGUAAGUAUGUAUGAAUAUAUAUAUACAUAUAUUUAUGUACACACACACACUUUUACACAAAUACAGAAUUUACCAAAUAAAAUGUUUAUGAGUGACACUCACGACGUAUGAACAAAAUUAGCCGCCUGUUUAAUUGUACAUUUAAGACUGUAUGUAUGCAUAUGUGUGUUCACCUCUUGAGUUGUUGACAUGUACAGAUGUAUGCUGAUUCGACCUCCCGUCAAUACACACACCUUUCACGCAGUUUGUUGUCGGCACCUGAACUCAUGGUAAACGAAUGAGGGUGCGGAAGUUUUUGUCUCUGAAAGCUCAUGGAUAAACGGUGGCUUGGCUUUACUUCUUUUCUUUGUUGUUCAAUAUGCAAUCUGGGAGAGGUUGUCUCUCCCAUCCACUGCUUAGUCCAGCUCGUACCUUUUUAUAUGUUAUCAUUACUUUGGCAUCAGGGAGCUAAGCAUCUGCUUUUAUGACGGAUCAUUUCGCGGUGGGCUUUCUCAAACCCGGUAGGUCAUUGAACAACCAUUUGUGAUAUUAACCCGCUAACCAAGUUGUGACUCCAGAAAACGAUGUCAGGUGCUGUUUUACUGCAUCAUCUCAAAUCUGCUCAGCGAAUUUGAAUCCCUUUAUCAAAUCGAGCAACUUGGGAUAAUCUGUAGUGGCUGAAAAGAAAGGAGUACCACAGUCUUGAGUGGCAGCCAAAUAAUAUUCACAACCAAUGGCUAAAACCUGAAAAUCCUCAGCAGCAGAGGAUAUGGAAUUUGAAUUCACUGUAUAUAAAAGGUAGGGUUGGUGAUUGUUUCUUAAACACUUUUUAUCUUAUCUGUUGAAACACUCAUCACGUCCCGAUAACUUACACAAUUCAUUAUUCCCUGGCGUAUCUGUCGGACACUAACUGACCGGCCUGUGACGAUAACCAGAAGUUAAGGAGUGAGUCACUGAAAAGUCGUCUUCCAGCAGUUGUCAGGCAGUGCACGCUCACGUGUCUCGGGGGCGUUGCUUUGACGAGAAGGCUGAUUGGAGGGGGUGGGAUUUAUCAGUUGCAUUAUUUUCAAUGUGUGGUCUUUUUCCAGGAUUAUCAUCCCUAGGUUUUAGAGUAGCCUGGAGUCACCCAGAUCUAGCCUGCUUAAUAUUUCAACUGAUUUCUACUGCUAAUGUGGCUGCAUGAAGGUUUAACUGAUGCUCUUUGUUAGCGAUGUGCCGAGACUGGACAGAUCAUCUCUUUAGAAGAUGUCACCACCCUGUUGGUCUUGUUGAAAUGUAAAAGUCCUUGUUGAAAGUAUUUGUCAUUUUAACGGUCACACGUAACAGUAAUAGUCAGUGCUAGCUAUAAAUGAGAGGCGGCCUUCCUCAAUGCUUUGCCAAUAAAAAUGACCCAUGAAUAAUAAAAAGCUGAAGACACUCAUCAUCAGAGGUUUCUAAAUCUGGUUUCUUUGCUAAGGAGAACUGGAUCAUUUCUUUUCUGGAAUUCGAACCCUAUUUAAAUAUUUUGAUAGAUUUGUACUGCACAAGAAACUAGCAUGUUUGUGUGGCAAUAGGAAUGGAGUUGCAGUUUGGUGCUGUGGCCCAAAAUGUAAUGUAUUACCUUUUAAAACCAGGAGGAGUGUUGUUAAAUGACCUUCCAUCUGCAAUUUAUCUCGCUGAAAAAAAGAUCAAAAUUUCUCAACUGCAAUAAAUAUAACAAGAGAUGAGAGACACAAACUGGAGCGAAGCCGACGCAACUUUGCCAAAUGUAAAGUUACUUUAGGACACGAUGCCCCUCAAUGUAAAUGUGUAUGUUAUGGUGCAUCUAAUCCGCUGUUCCUGGCAGGUUCUGCUCGACAGUUAAGGCUCAUUUCCUGAACACACAGAUGAUCAGAUCAGACUGUGAGGUGCUUCGGCUGCUGGGUGCGGAAAGAAAGCGCUCGUCGGUGUGCAGCAGUCUGAGAAUGAGCCUGAACGCUCCUCAGUAGCCUGUCAUAGCACUGUACAGUUUAAUUGUUCAUCCACACUGAUCACAGAUCCACCGCACUGCCGUGCUAAAAGUCAACAGCAGUAACUACAAGAGGUUGUUAAAGAGGGUUCCUGUUGAGAAAAUGCUGCUAAAUGACAAAAUGUCCACGUACCACACAACUGCCAGGAGCGGACGGCCGCUGCCUGGAUAGUUACAGUUCUUUGACCCUAAAGGUCACCGUGAACUCAGCAUGUUCCACCUUGACCCGGCAUGUCUCUCUGGUUUGCACUGAUGAUUUACCAUGAUUAAUACAUGGGAUGCAUCUCCAUAAUUUAGAAACACCUUCACCUGUAUGUUCUCUGGUGCUUGUAUACUGAGGUGUUCCAACUGGGCUAUAGGUGAAGGGGAAGCUACAAAUGUCAGACUAACGUGAUCCGCCCUCCGUUAAUCCCUCUCAGAAAGCCAUGUCUACCUACAGGGUCACUCACCUGUAUGGAUGAUCAUCCUUCAACACUGGGACGCUGUAGAGACUUUUUAUAAAUUAUUAACAUUUUCUUAUGAUCAAAUCCCAUGGAUAGAACUAUCAAUACAACCGGCCUUAUCUUUUCAUCUUGCAAAUACUUGUAAUGUACAUUUAAUGUGAACAUGUCUUGACUCCUUCAUCCUAUCGACUCCUACAAUAUAGCCUAUAUGAUAAUAAGCCAAAAGUGUACAGUAACUUAAGUCAAGGGUUGACUGUGUGUCAUAAUUCAGGAUCAGUUGAUCAUGAGUCUGUUGAAAUAUUGUUACCGUUACUCUUUUGCUUUAAUGUGGAAAAACACAUUUCUAGUUUCUCGUCAAACCUGAUUGGGGUUGAUCACGCUUUUAUUGCCUUUUUUGGUAUUUCUCUCAGCUAUAGGCCUAGUUUCAAUACAUAAAAAGAACGGUCAUACCUGGAGGGACACUCCAGGGAUAUUAGUAUUGUAUUUAAAUAAAGUUAUGAGUCUUGCACGGAGAGAAUAAAAAGGAAAGGUAAAACAUUUUUAGGCAGAGCCUGAGACAAUCUGCUACAACAGUCCUUGGUGCGACCUGAAUACAAAGGAGUGUAGAAGUCCUCAGGGUUAUUUCCUUUUCAACAGACAGAAAUAAAACUUUGCUUUAUGUGUAAAAUCAGUGAAGAUUCCCUUUGAAGUUUACUUUAUAGGUCUCUACAGUGGUCAGCCAUGUUGGGAAAUAUCUUUAUUCAAGAGCAUGGUCACUGCAAUCAGGACUUCAGGUUCAGAUUUUGUAAUGCUUUCACUCAAAACCCUGUGCUCACACUCAAAUAGCCCCUGCAUGUGCCUAGAUUUCCUGCACGGGCAGUUACUUAAACUGGAUUCAUGCACUCCUGCAAAGGGCUCUUAAAGAAGUGAAUCUAAAUCAGAGAGUAGUCGUUUCACAGGAGCAGAAGAGCUGAAGCUGGAGUGCAGGAACUCUGCAAGCAACAAAAUAUCCGAGGGCAAGUGCACAGUUUGAACCCAGGCAGGUUAUAUUUGAGUGCAAGCGCAAGGUUGAGUUAAAGCAUUUCAAAAUCUGUACCUCAAAUCAAUUUGCCCUGCUCUCAAACUGAAAGACCACACUCUCGAAUAAAGUAAAUAAAUAAAUAAAUAGCCCAUAGUCUCCUUUGACCAAACAGUUAAAGCUGUGUCAAUGCAAACUGUCUCCAGAUCUGUAUUUCUCUCAUGGGCUGUUUCCAGGAUGCCAUCUUGCCUCUGGUGAAUCUGAAUCUCCGGGGUACAUGUUGUAUAAAUUGCAAUUAACUAGAAUGUUCAUAUCACAUUAUAAGAUAAUAAGGGACAAUGGAUAUUAUAUUGUAUCUUUAUCGAGGGUUACAAAUAAAACUGUAUUUUGUGCUUCUUGUGACAUGAAUAAAAAACUGCGGAAAUUA